AUGGAGGAGUUUAGGACGCUUUUCCGCAGCGAAUUCCUCCCUCCUGACUAUGAGCGCCGCAUGCGUCGCGAGCUAGAGCUUCGGACCCAACACCCCGACGAAUCUCUGCUCGAGUAUGUCAGAGCUAUGCAGGAGCUUUAUCUUCUCGCCGACCCUUUGGCAUCUGACGCCGAGAAGGUAGAGCGGGCCAUUCGUCAAGCCCACCCAACCUUCGCUGCUUACAUGCGGAGUGCCCGUUAUCGUGACCUAAACGAGUUGGCCUCCGAUGCGAAGCGGAUUCAGGGCGACAUACUAGCAGCGAGAGCCUACUGCCCGCCGCCACCGCCGUCCGCCUCUCUCGAACCUCGUUGUGCGUGGGCUGGUGGUGACUCGACACCCCGUAAUCCCCCGAAAUACGAGGCCACGAGAGAGUACCGAGAAGCGCGCGACCUUUCUGACCGCGCUCUCGACCCGUACUCGUACGCCCGGGCGCGCUGUUCUGCCCCGCACGGCCAACGAGAGCGGGAACCCCGUGCCCCUGCGCACGAGGGGAAAUCCGAUCGCGGUGCCCCUUUGGCUAGCGAAGGAAAACCACCCAGCGCCCGAGACGCGCCCAGGCCCCCUCAAUCGGACCGAGGCGUUGUCUGCUACCGUUGUCAUGAACGCGGCCAUAUUGCCCGAACAUGCACUGUGCGCCGCCCGACGCAAGAGCCUCCUCGCCCGUCGGGAAACGGCGUCGGCCGCCGGUGAGCUCCCUAUCUCCGGCGGCGACAGUAGGGGCGCAUGGUGGUGAAACGCAACCUCUGGCUCCAAUGGCGUGUCGCGCUGGCACUGACCCGUCCGCCACGCCGGCGCCUUUCAUCGCCCUUACGAUCGCUGGCCGACAGUUUGUGGCGUUGCUGGAUAGCGGGGCCUCGGUCUCGCUGUUCGGCGAAGAGGUUAUGGCUCAUUUGCGCCGGCGUUCUGUCCGCAUUAGAGCCUG